AUGGAUAGUGCCUCCGGUCCUCGUGCCUCAUCAUGGGCAAAUGUCGUGAAAAAUCGGCAUCAGAACGACGCCUACCAUGACACGCCUCAUGAUUCUUCAUCGGUAAAUAUGAGAAUGGCGUUCAAAUCCAAAGGUGAUAACAAGAAGAACCAAAUCACCCGACCAGACCAAAGCGAAUAUCAAAUGACGCCACCAAUCCACUCCGCCAAACCUUCGGUAUCUACGCCUUCUACAUUCAAAGCUCAAUAUCUUCAGAAAGUUCAAGCUGCGAAACAGCUAGCAAAUCAGAGGCCCAAUUUGCAACAGCAAGACAUGGUUCCGGCUAGAGGUAUCCAAAAUAUGGCUAACCUCAAUGUUGAACUCGCUUCCAUGAAAGCUACUAUCUCGACCUUGCAGGAGGAUCUGUCUCGCAAACACGGCGAUCUGAUUCAAGCAAAGGCGGCUCUAGCUGGAAAAGACAUACAGAUCGAAGAGCUUCAGAAUUCCGUUGCGAUGCUAAGGGAGAACAUUCGCUCUAUCACCGUUGCUACCCAGGCAGAUGAGAACGAUUUGGCUGCUAAGGAUGAGUUAAUUUCGAAACUAGAGUGCGACAAUGCUGAAUUACGGGACUCCAUCCAUACCGGAAUUAUCUCUAUUAGCCAAGUCUAUGGCCCUGGUAGUGAUCAAGCCUUUACCCGUAUGGCUGCGAAGCAAAUAGAAGCUUCUGGGUCUACUAUGAUGAAUUUCCAAAAUGGCCGUCAGGAUAGCCACACAAACUCCGUGAAGACACCGGAUCUAUCAGCACCCUACUGCCCUCCGCAGGCAUCGAAGCAGACUGAUGGCGUACCACGCGGCCAACCUAUACACGCAGCAGGUGAUAGUCAGAAACCCGAACCUCAGAAAGAUAAUCAAUCUUCUAAACAAGCAUACCGGCCUUCUAAGGGUAAUCGUUCUACCAAAGGAAUGCAUCAGCCUAACACUAUGGCUCGCCAACCUAUGAGCCAGGCUGAUAAUUCUAUCACUGAUGUUAACCGUCCUACUACGGACAACCCUCCUAUGAAGCUCGAUGAACCCACUAAGAAACCCGAGGGAUCUGUUGAGUGCGUCAAAGAGCAAACGGAGGAUCACCCGAAGCCGGUCAACGAUACUCAGGAGGCUAACAAGAAUGGACCUUCUAUCGAUUCCAAUCAACCUACUGAUAUCAUUUGUAGCCCGACCCAAGAGGACGUUGAUGCUACCUCAAAUGUUAAGACUCUGUCAGAACUUGAUCCUUCUAUCAUCAGCCUUUCUCCCACCUCAUCCUGUAGAAACAAAGCUGGUGGUAUGGUGCAUACUAUUACCCAGGAACAUUUGACUUCCGGUACGGAGAACGAUGAGGUUUCCGAUCUGAGCGGAGAUCAGGAUCAGGAUCAAAAAAGCGAAGAAGAACCCAAGGCGGAGAAGGUUGACGGUAAAUACCGCUCCAAAGGUAUAUGUGAGUCGGUGGAUAUCAUGGAUGGCGCUGCGUUAGCCAAGGUAGUGGAUGAACGCCCCAAAAUCGUGGAUCUUCCAGCCGAGAAGCAACCGAACCAAUUUCGAACUCAGAUGAUCUUCUGGAAAACUCGAAGCCCCGAGCCAGGAGAAAACCGUACUACCCCUUUUGGUAUCGUGUCUUCGUCAGAUCCUGCGGUCCUUCCUACCAUAGAAGAUGGAUUUAUUCCGGGAAACCGUAAAGAUGGUUCUGAAUGGGUGGACGUUACGGCUAAGAACAAGCUUAAUAAAAAUUCUAAGGGCAAGACUGAGAGCAAGCCAAAGAAUAGUCCUACACCGGCAGAGGACGAGAAAUUAGUGACGGAGCAGAAACCUGCAAACAAGUCGACCAAACCGAUACCCAGAGAGAAGGGUAUCCCAGCAAGUCUUCAGAAGCGCAGGGGUAAGAAGCGCCCCAGCGGCACAAUUAUCGGAUCAAAUUCCGUCUUCUCUCGGGCAGCCAAGGGACAGCAAAGCGAAGAUGAGGCAGGCAUUGAUGAAGGUUCCACCGACAGUAAGGAGGCGAAGAUUUGCACACCUGAAUCAUCCGGACCUCUAAGCUGGGCUGAUGAAGUAGAGGAGGAAGAGGCACGACGUAAUUCUUAA